AGCCUCACAGAGGAGUGUGAUAGGCUGCUGAGGAGGGGAACUGCAGCACAGUUCGCGGCGCUGUCAGGAAGCAGAAGCCCACUCUGAAUGAAUGCGGCUCCCAGAACCAGCUGAACAGGACGCUGCGUCUGUGUGAUUUACCAUGACAACUGAAUCGGGCGCAGACUCUGAGGCCAAACAGCCGCAGGCGAAGAAGGAGGCAGAGAAGGGGAAAAGUAAAGCAGCGGCGGACCCUGCCUCGCCCCAGAACCAGCCGGAGCAGCUUCCAGCUGCAGUUGGACACAGCACCCCGGCCAGGAAAGAACAGGAGCAACAGGAGGAGGACCAGGAGUCCCACAGGUCGUCCACCAGUCGUUUGUCCAGGUCUCCCUUGAGGGGCGUGAAGAAGGUGAAGAUGAUGCAAUGUAAGAUCACGCUGCUGGACGGCUCCGACUACUCCGUCAACGUGGAGAAACGAGCCAAAGGCCAAGUGCUCCUUGAUAAGGUGUGUGAAUACCUCAACCUGCUGGAGAAGGACUACUUUGGCAUCACAUACAGAGAUAUAGAGAGUCAAAAGAAUUGGUUGGACCCUUCCAAAGAGCUUAAGAAGCAGAUCCGGAACGGACCCUGGAACUUUUCUUUUAACGUGAAGUUUUACCCGCCAGACCCGUCGCAACUGUGCGAGGACAUAACAAGGUACUACCUGUGCUUGCAGCUGAGGGAUGACGUCGUUUCGGGUCGCCUGCCUUGUUCCUUUGCCACCCACACGCUACUGGGCUCCUACACGGUGCAGUCUGAACUCGGAGACUACGACCUGGAGGAGCUGGGCAGCGACUACAUCAGCGAAAUCCGCUUCGCACCCAACCAGACCAAAGAGCUGGAGGAGAAGGUCAUGGAGCUCCACAAGACCUACAAGGGGAUGACACCAGCUGUAGCCGAAAUCCACUUCCUGGAAAAUGCCAAAAAGCUGUCUAUGUAUGGGGUUGACCUCCAUCAUGCUAAGUUGGUAGGGAAUCUCUAUGAAAGCUUGGCUCCAGCUGAGGGAGAGGACUCUGAAGGCGUAGAGAUCAUGCUGGGAGUUUGUGCAAGCGGCCUCCUCAUCUACAGAGACAGGCUGAGGAUCAACAGGUUCGCGUGGCCCAAAAUCCUCAAGAUCUCCUACAAAAGGAACAACUUUUACAUCAAAAUCCGACCCGGCGAGUUUGAGCAGUUUGAAAGUACGAUUGGUUUCAAGCUCCCAAACCAUCGCGCUGCCAAAAGGCUAUGGAAGGUCUGUGUGGAGCACCACACCUUCUUCAGGCUCGUGUCUCCUGAGGCGCCACCGAAGAAGUUCCUCAGCCUCGGCUCCAAGUUUCGCUACAGCGGCAGAACCCAGGCCCAGACACGGAGCGCCAGCGCGCAGAUCGCCAGGCCGGCGCCGCUGUUUGAGCGCUCCUCCAGCAAACGCUACAACAUGUCCCGCAGCUUAGACGGAGCUCCCAUCACAGAGAACCAUGAGACUCCCGUGAAAGGCAAUGCCACAGACGGGGCGCCCAAAGUCAUAGCCAAGGAGGACAUCAUCACCACGGUAACGACAGAGAGGAAGGCGGAGGAGGAGAAUGCGGAGCGGGAGGAUGCGCAGGAAGUUGCCGCGGAGACUGACGCCACGACGCCGCUCAGACACGACACUAAGCCCCCCACCCCUGCGUACGCCAGCGACCCGCUGCGCUCUGAGCUCUCCCUCCCAUCGUCCCCCAUCUCUUCUACCAAAGUGCGGCGGAGGCGCAGGGAGAGCGGCCGCAAGCGGGCGUCGUCGGUCAGCCCGGCCAAGAGCUGCGGCGGCGGCUGCUGGCGGCGGCAGGCUCGCGCCGACCGCAAGGCCGCUCUGCUGGAGGAGCAGGCACUGCUGCUGUCCGCCCGCAAGCAGCGCCUGGAGCGGGGUGGGCGGCGUGGGGCGGGCGGCGGCACGCUCUUCUCCUUCUCCCUGCACCUGCCCGACCUGUCCUCCGUCCUGGACGAGGACGGCUACAUCACCUUCCCCGAUCUGUCCGAGAUGCGCUUCGUCCCGGAGUGCGCGCAGAACUUCCUCCCCAUCAAGUCGCCGUCCCUCAUCCCCUGCUUCCUGUUCAUCUUCUUCUUCCUGCUCACCACUUCCUUCUCAGUCCCCUACGCCCUCACCCUGUCCUUCCCGCUGGCGCUCUGCCUCUGCUACCUGGAGCCCAAGGCAGCCUCCCUGACCGCCUCCAUAGCCCAGGGCUACCAUGACCAUGACAGUUCAGAGGAAGAGGAGACCGACAGCGAACGUACGGACUUUGCCUGUGAUGGAGAGAUGACCGCCACAGAGUCGGAAGCCGAUGAAGACUCCGAGAUGCGGACUCAGUAUAGUUUCAUAAGACGAGCAAAAGGGGAAAAUGUUUUUAUCAGGCACAGUAAUCUGAUGCUAGAGGACUCUGAGCCUCCACCCGAGGUGGUCAAGCAUCAGACCAACAUCAGCGAGCUGAAGCGCUCCUUCCUGGAGACCGGCAGCAAUGGCGGCGGUGGCGCUCCGGGUCUGACGGAGUGGGAGAAGAGACUGUCGUCGUCACCUUUGCGCUCGCCCAGAGGGGACGAAGACCCGAUGAUAGAGCCGCUGGAGCUGCAGGACGCGAAAGAUGAGCAGACGGAGCAGGAGGCGGGACCUAAAGACACUGUGGCGGCGGUGGGAUAUCUGGUGAAAUACGUGGCGGAUAGCGUUGUGACAGACGGGGCCACCUCCUCGGGGCCCCACGGCAUUAGCCUGUCCACCACCAUGGACGACGACGUCUUCGUGGACGGGACAUUGAGGGAGGAGGCGGGGGGCAAAACCCAGGAGGAGGAGGAAGAGGCAUCGGACAAGUCAGCGACGAAGCUCAGCCCUGGAGCGGUGAGACAGGAAGUGUCGCAGGCCAUCAGCGACAAGAAAGGCACGCUCAUCAUCUUUAAGCAGGCGGAGAACAAAGAGGACGAAGAAACGAGCAAAAAAGAAGGACUGGCGGACCGGGCGGAAUCGGAAACCGACGGCAACAAGGAGCAGAAACGUCAAGCUUCACUAAAAGCUGAGAUUAAAAAUGGCGACGUGAGUCAGAUUAGAGGCGUCGACUCGCCAAAGAAAGCGAUGGCGUCGUGGAUUUCCGAGGAGAAGGUGGAGAGUUCAGAGGUCGUCAGCGUGUUUACAAAGGAAUUGAAAGAGCUGAAGACUUUGGAUGAGCCGCAGCAGAAAGCCGAAGGAAUCCAGCCGAAGUCGAGCCCGACUCACGUUACGGUUUCUGCGUCCUUAGCUGUGCAGUCUGCGCCUGGAUGGGUUUCUCCCUCUCACAAGGCAUCAGCUGACCAGGAGAAGGCGGUAGUCGUUACUGAAAACGAAGCCGAGUCUGCAAAACCAAAGGCUCCUGACGGAGUGGAGGUUGCUGCCAAAGACGUGCCUGUGGUCCACACAGAGACAAAAACCAUCACCUACGAAUCGGCCGAGGUUGACACGAACGGAGACGCGGACCCCGGGGUGCUGCUGAGCGCUCAGACCAUCACCUCGGAAACCACCAGCACCACCACAACCACGCAUAUCACAAAGACGGUGAAAGGAGGAAUCUCAGAGACUCGAAUUGAGAAGCGGAUCGUCAUUACCGGAGACGCAGACAUCGACCACGACGAGGCUCUGGCUCAGGCCAUAAAGGAAGCCAAAGAGCAGCACCCUGACAUGUCAGUGACCAAAGUAGUGGUGCAUAAAGAGACAGAGAUCACGCCAGAGGAGGGGGAGGACUGACCCAGGAAUAACCGAGCUCUUCUUCCUGCGAUCACAUCUCACCGUCUGGACUGUCCUCCUCUACGGACGCUGCAGCUCGCCGCUCCACUCGCAAACAUCACCUGCAAAACCAACGAACACACUCUGCAUGAGAAGGACGCCAAGCUGCAUCCCCAACCAAACGGCCUCGUCUGAUUCGUUUUUGUUUUUCUUUUAAUGGUCCUGAAUCCGAAGUAAACCUUCUGCUUUCACUGCCUUAUUACCACUUUGAUGCAUUUUUAUGAUUGCUGAGGAUAAUUAUUGUAGCAGCGUUUUAUUUAUGAGAUAAAGCCAUCACUCCAGGAACUUGUAAUUGCUGUAGGCUGUACAUGUUAGAGAGCAAACACUAUUUAACCUCAAUGUAGAAGAAAACCAAGCAUUGCUUCACUCCCACACAAUGAUUUUCCACCCGGUGCCACUGUACAUAUCAGAGCCUCUCCAGCAAAGCCGGCUUACGAUGAUCUUUUUAAGGUUGAUUUGUGUCAUUUGAAUUCAUUUCACUUUUAUUGUCUUUUAUUUUUCGCUUUUGUGACGUUUUGGUUUUUCCUCCCACUGGAGCUCCACUUUCGGCGAGGAAGACGAAAAAACAAAAUGACUUUUUGACGUGCCUGUGCAGGCUGGGAAUGUUUUGUUUUGUUUUGUUUUUUUCUUUUUUUCCCAGGGCGGGGACGAUCGGCCGCAGCACAAGCUCCGCGUUGGCGUGGCGACGGCACGGCCGCGGGGCAAAGGGCUCAGACGGCCGAGCUCCGCCCAAAGCCCAGAGAGAGAAAUCGGUUAUCCUCCCCUGACAUCCACAGCUUUUAUCUGCUCCUCUGUUUCACCUGCAGCCGCGUUUUCCACAGCGUAGGGGAGGAAAACGGAGACUGACGCAUUUCUUGUUAAUUUGCAGUUUGCUCCUAAAAUAAUAAAGUGACCACAGUACAGCA